AUGCGUACUUGGAAAUAUCUUCCGGCACGUGGCACUUCGCGAAAAUUCCACACCUCCACUUCGUCCACGUCACCAACCGCGGUCAUCGCGCUCCGAACCCACCCAAUAUCUUCCUUUCCUUCUCCUCCAAACUUAACGUCGGCGUUAUCUGCUUCUCUACCUGAAGUUUCUCAGCUGUGUCAGCGAUUUAGCAUGAAGAAUACGAUGCAUCGUUUCUGGUUCUGGAUUUUCUUGCUUGAGCAACGAUCUUGGGUUAGUGUUUGCACUAGAUCCGUGGGGGAGAACAGUAGAACAGGGUUUUGUUCGAGAGCGCUGUGGAUAUUUGGUCUAGGCAUUUUUGCAUUUGGGUGGGGUUCCUGGAAAUUGGUUGUCCAGAUGAGUGUCGAUGGCCACAGCAAAGAGCUGAAAGAACUGAAUCAGCGGUUACGAGAUGGGAAGAAGAUUGCUGGUGGGGAACAUGGGUUAUGCGAGGGUGAUGAAGUGAAUUGCAAUGGAGUAGCCGAAGAAGUUAAGGUCGGACAGGGGGGAACUGUGGAGUCGUCCUCUAUCCAGCAGCAUAUUCCACAGCCUCAAGGGGCAUUAAUAUGUUGGGAGAGAUUUUUGCAUAUUAGAUCCCUUAAGGUCUUGCUAGUGGAGAAUGAUGACUCUACCCGUCAUGUUGUCACUGCACUGCUUCGCAAUUGUAGUUAUGAAGUUAUUGAAGCAGCAAACGGAUUGCAAGCUUGGAAGAUGUUAGAGGAUUUAACCAAUCAUAUUGAUCUCGUCCUAACUGAGGUGGCAAUGCCUGGCUUAUCAGGCAUUGGUCUUCUGUAUAAGAUUAUGGGCCACAAAACCCGGAAAAAUAUUCCUGUAGUUAUGAUGUCAUCUCACGAUUCUAUGGGUUUAGUCUUUAAGUGUUUGUCAAAGGGUGCAGUUGACUUUUUAGUUAAACCCAUACGGAAGAAUGAGCUUAAAAAUCUGUGGCAGCAUGUUUGGAGAAGAUGUCACAGUUCUAGUGGGAGUGGCAGUGAAAGUGGCACGCAAACACAGAAGUCUGUAAAGAAGUCUGAUAAUAAUUCUGGAAGCAGUGAUGAAGAUGAUAAUGGAAGUGUAGGCCUGAAUGGGGAUGGAAGUGACAAUGGUAGUGGCACUCAGGCCUUAUUGAAUGAGGGGAGGGGUCGGCUGUUGGGUGUUGGCCUUACUAGGCUGAUAUGCAUUGUCUAUUCUAAGAGAAAUAAUGCCAAUGUGGCAGCAGGGAAGAGUUGUAACUCUGGAUCAAGUGUGCUCUCAGUGGUUUGUGAAAAAAGCUCAUGGACCAAACGUGCUGUAGAAGUUGAUAGUCCUAAACCAGUCUCUCAGUGGGAUCAAAUAGCUGAGUGCCCCGACAGCACCUGUGCUCAAGUUGUUCACUCCAAUGCUGAAAUAGGGGGGAAACAGGUGGUUCCCCUAGCUGCAAAGGAAAGUCCAGAACGGAAAGAACAAUUUGGUAAGGCCGAAGUGCAUUGA